GACACGUCAAAGCGACCUCCAAAACCGGAAGUGGCCAGUAUUAUUGACAGAAAUGUAAAGUAACUUUGCUUUAGGCGGCUUUAAAUAUCAACAUGCAGUCACAGUACAGUCUCCGGAGUCCAUCUGUAAAGCGUUUGAUGAAAGAAGCACAUGAACUGAGUGAACCAACAGAGCAGUAUUAUGCCCAGCCACUGGAGGACAACCUGUUUGAGUGGCAUUUCACAAUACGUGGUCCUGCAGACACAGAGUUUGAGGGAGGGAUUUACCAUGGAAGAAUUGUGCUGCCUCCAGAUUACCCCAUGAAACCACCAAGCAUUAUUUUAUUGACAUCCAAUGGCAGAUUUGAAAUAGGCAAAAAGAUUUGCCUGAGUAUUUCUGGUCACCACCCGGAGUCCUGGCAACCUUCGUGGUCUAUAAGGACAGCUCUGCUUGCCAUCAUAGGCUUCAUGCCGACCCAUGGAGGUGGAGCCAUUGGUUCACUGGAUUAUACUGCUGAUGAGAGGAGAGUGCUGGCUAGGAAGUCAAGGGAAUUCAAGUGUCAGAGUUGUGGUCCUGUGAAUAGUGUCUUAUUACCACCAACAUCUGCUUCAGAAGAAACAGCCAAAGAAGCCAAAGAACUUGCAUCUCAGAUCUCCUUUCAGGCAGAAAAGGAAAAGACCAAAGAAACCCAAGACAGAAACUCAAAUGCUGAAGAUGGUGUGCCUGCAGCUGAAACAACUCCCAACUUACCCCAGCAACAACAGCCCAACUUUCCUCCAUUCCCCGGGUUUCUAAUGCCAGGACAGCUGCCAAUGAACUUGCCACCCAAUUUCAUGUUCAACCCAGCAUAUGGACCAUUUGGUGGACCGUACCAGGGAAAUCCCAAUCUUGUGCAAUCUCCUGUGGCUGGUAGCCAGUCAGGUGGGGCACACCCCACCACCACAGAUACCAGCAAUGUACAGACUGAAACCCAACCCAGUAGUACAGUGAACAGUCAAAAUGAAAGUGAAACUGCUGUUAAUGCAUCAGCUGCUGGAGCAACUCAAGCAGGAGUUACAAACAGUGGAGAGAACCAAAGUGUUAACAGUGGCAUGAAUCAAACUACAACAGAAGAGCCCCAAACCCCAGGAUUAAGACAAAGAAGAGUUAACUCAGAGACCACCUCACCUGCUGUGGACACCAACCCAGUGACGGCAGAGAUACCUGUGAGGCGACGGGUCCAGAGGGAGGCAGGGGGGACAGGGUCACUUGUCCUCAUGAUGAUCCUGGCUGUGGCUCUGGCCAUGCUGGUGGCCAGGAGAGUGCUGCUGUCCAGUGAGUGGGCACCCCAGUGGAGGGACUAGGACUGAGCAUAGGGUGCUUACUACUGGACACAUCAAGGGACCACAUUAAGCGACCUUGACCUGAUGAGUUGGCAAGAACUUACAAAAAUAAAAGGCUCCUCAAAGAAUUGUGAAAAAUAGAAUGUUAAAUCCAAGGCCUGCUUAACAGAGUUCUUGAGCAAAUUUAUUGAACUGGUCAUAAAUUCUUUUUAUUUAUUAAUUUCUUGUUUUUCAAAUCACAGACAGCUACUUGUAUUUUCUUUGUUAUAUCUUUACUGACUUUGUCAGUCUUCAUCAGGGCACCUUUUGAUCAGUUUAGUGCAAUCGUUGGUAACUGUCUGUGAUAUGAUAAAACAACAAAAUAGUCUGCUUUAUGGACCUUUGGAGCCUCUCUAGGGCGGAGUACCAGUACAUGUGUGUAUCAUGGUAAUGAUACCUGUUAAGUUUAUGUGGACCAAACUACAGACAGGAUUAACAAUUGGUGAUAGGCUGACAGUACAUUGGUUUGUGCUAUUGUGUCCUGAUUUAAAUGUCACCUGGUUAGAUGGUGCAUGAUACUAUUACUACUUUUCUAGUUAUCAGAAAUGUUACCUGCUCCUAUUGGAGAUAGAGGAUUGGAACUUACAUUUUUUUUUUUUUUUUUUUUACAGUUGUUCUCACCAACUUGGUGAAGGUGUGCUCUGAGUCUAAUUUGGUUUUGAGUGUUUAACGUUGCCUGGUUAACAGGGGCGGAUUUAGGCCCUCUUCUGGGUCUUCCAGAAGACGGUCAGAUUUUCAAGUUUACAUUA